AUGUCCAACGCGAAGUACACCCCCGCCCCACAGCAGGACCCUGACGACGUCCCGGCGGGUCCUGCCUACAACCAGGCGCCACCCUCCUACCAAGCCGCCGACGAUGAAGCACGCCUCUUCGCCGGCGAGGGCGCGCCGCGCUCCUCCGAGGACAAUGUCCCCGACGACUUCAAGUUCGGCGGCUCCGUAGCCGAGGCGACAAUCGACAUCCGCAACCAGUUUAUACGCAAGGUCUACACCAUCCUGACAGUGCAGCUGCUAGCCACCGGCGCCGUGAGCACCAUCAGCUUCGUCUCUCCGGCUUACAAGGAAUGGAUCCAAGGGCAUCCGGCGCUGGUCUUCAUUUCGAUGUUCGGCGCGAUCGGCAUGAUGCUUCUGACCUACUGGAAGCGCCACUCAUACCCGACGAACCUGCUCUUCCUGUCCGGCUUCACCCUGCUUGAGGCAUACACCAUCUCCGUCGUCGUCUCCUUCUACAAGACCUCCAUCGUGCUCAACGCCGUGAUCCUUACCGCGGGUAUCUUCGUCUUCCUCACCGCGUUCGCCUGCCAGACCAAGUACGACUUCACCUCAUGGAUGCCCUACCUCUUCGGCGGGCUGUGGGGCCUGAUCCUCUUCGGCUUCAUGGCGGCCUUCUUCCCCUACAGCUCGACCGGCGAGCUGAUCUACGGCGGGCUGGCCGCCCUGAUCUUCAGCGGCUACAUCCUCGUGGACACCCAGCUGGUCAUGCGGAAGCACCAUGUUGAGGAGGAGAUCGCGGCGGCGAUCAGCUUGUACCUGGAUAUUAUCAACCUGUUCCUGGCCAUCCUGCGCAUCCUGAACAGCCAGCAGAAUAACUAA